CCAUCGAGUGCAUGCCACACAGGGAGCAGCAAAGAGGUGCAACCCUGCAGAAAAGCGAGCAAAGAGUGGAGAGGAGGACACAUUGGCGUUCGGAUUGCCUGCCUCUGCUUUCGUCUAUUAGGCAGCCAGUGCUUUUGGCUGGGAGCCCAGACCGGGUUUUUGUAAUCAAAACAUGAUCUUGUAUGCUGUGCAGCCAGUACUGAGAAAGGCCGACUGAUGGCUCUCCUCUUUUAACUCUGCUGUGGAAUCCGCCGAGCUUCACCUCUCUGAUGUCCAAAAUGCACCGAUCUGAUGUUACUGUGGAUGAUGCCGUGCUGCGGAAAAAAGAACAGAAAGAUGUUGAGCUGGAUAAGAAAAUAAUUGCUUUGAGGAAAAAGAAUGAAGCUCUUAUGAGAAGAUACCAAGAAAUAGAAGAGGACAGGAAGCAUGCAGAGCAGGAGGGAAUGGCUGUCACCUCCAGGCGAGCCAGGCCAGAUGGGCUCACCAUCACCAUCACCAAGGCCCAUAAUGAGAAAAGAGUUGUAAAUGAGAAAUGGGGAAACUCUCCUGCCUCGGGCUUCACAGUUGGCAGCGAGGAGGAGGAGGAUGAAGAAGGCGAUCACUUGUUUACAUUCAGGAUGGGAAAGAGGGUUCAGCUGGCAGUUACCAUGGAUAAUAAGUCCAAGGGAAAGCGAGUUGUCAGUGAAAAGCGGGGGCCAGAGAGCCUUGUGAGCCCAGGAGAGGGGCCAGACAUCAGUGAAGAAGAAAUGGACCAAUUGGUUUCUUUCCGAAGAGGAAGAAGAAUGCAGAUUGCAAUUACAAUGGAUAACAAGGGCAGAGUGGAUGAAAAGCGACCAAUGGAGAGGCGGUGGUCAGAGGGAGACAAGCAUGCUGUGAGUGGAGUCAUCAGAAAGGAGAGAGGGAAAUCCCCCCAGAAGAGUCCAGGGGACAAGAGUCGCACGCUGACUGGAAGGGAGCGAUCAGAGUACAUGCGAUGGAAGAAAGAACGGGAACAGAUUGACCUUGAGCGCCUAGCACGCCACAAGAACGCAAGGGGAGAAUGGCGACGGGCUUGGGAUGUUGAAAAAUCAGAUUGCAUGUUUGAGGAUACAAAGGAUGGGGGACCAGCCUUGGAGGGCCCACACAGCAAGAAAGGGGGAAGAAAUGCUCGCAAGUCCCAACAUCGAUCCUUGCCUUCUGAAGGAAAAGUUGGAGGACAACACAGACGGAGCACAAGCGAGUCUGCUUCCAGAACAUUGCCAUUCAUGAGCAGUAAGGCCAAGGGGAAGGAUAGACUCACCGGCAGAGCCAGAAGAUGGGAUGCCAAGGAGGGUGAAGAAAUGUCCUUUGGAAAGGAUGAACUGGAUAAUCAGAAGUCCAGUAGCAGUGAACAACUGAAGAACCAAGCUGUGGUCAGUGAAGGAAUAAAGGAACAGGCAUUGCUGGACAAGAAUGAGGCACCUCAGGAAUGCAGCGUUUCUGUGGCAGAAGCCAAAAGAAGUGGAGAAAGUCCAUCUGGAGGUGAAGAAGGCCAGGGCAACAAGGGAAACAGCAGCAGAUAUCUUACCCAAGAGGUGUCUGCAGUCAGCACUGAUGAGACUGAGGCAGAGCAUAACCUCAGGAAGACAGUAAUUGUGGCUGAUAUGUCUCCCGAGGGCAACUGUAUGCACAACAAUUCUUGCCAGGAAGAGAACCAACUGAAUCAGGCAUCUGGAGGUAUCCUGGAGGAGAACAGUUCUACUGUUUAUGAGGAUGGCGUAGACAAAAAUGCACAAUCUGAAAGGAACCCUAAUGGUGAAGAUUGCGCAAAAAAUCUUAGUGAGCCAACGGUAAAGGCAGAUGAUGGAGAAGACCAAGGACCGUCAACAGACAAACAAGUGGGAGAGAUCCAGAUCACAGGUCCCAAGAGACAAAUAAUUGUUGGAAUAGAAAAUGAUGACUCCACUUGCCUUGUAGACAAUGAGGAGUCUGGGUCUCCAGGCAAAGAAGUGCCAGACAGAACUAAUGAAUCUUCGCAAGAAGGGACAAAAGUGAGAAGCAAGACACAAGACCAAUCUCUGCCAUGCAAUCAAGAAGCACAGAACUAAUAAAAGGCAGAACAUGCUGGGAUCCCAAGAGGCUGAAGGACAACAUGCUAACCAAGCAGAGCUGCUUACAAAAGAAGAUGAGCACAAUUUCCCCUCUGCCACUGUCUCUGCAGCCAGCUCAGCCUCUACCUUCCAGCUCUCAUUUAACACACCACCCACUGCAGGCAUUUGCCUGUUUCGGAGCCAGUUUUGUCUUGAAAUUGCCUAUUCAAGUUUUGGCAUCACUCCCCCCAAACACAUCUGUGUGCCAAAGGACAGGAAAAAUGACAGGCAAAGAGCUUCCCUGAGGAAAAAAGGAAGGAAAGCACAUACUCUUUUAUUUCCCAUACCUAACUUUGAUUUCUUCCUCACCACUCCCUUUAUCAUCAUGGGCAUGUGAUAAGCCAUGGUUAUCAACUGUAUGCACUUUAUUUUAUUUAAACACUAGUUUUAUUUAAAAUGUAGAUUUCUUUUGAAGACAUCCCCCCUUUUUCUCUCUCUCUUGGAUGAUAGUCAAUGCUUUCAAGCUCUGGAAAAUUGUUGCUCCAGAAACAAAAUUUUGCAUUGCCAAAUUGUGUUUCGGUUAGAAAUUAUUGUGAUUAUACUAAAGGUGGUUGAGGACAUAGUAAUUCAGGGGAAUUACACCGUGACUUAGUAUGAGUGUGUCAGAGUGAUAUUGAGGGACCAGUGGUAGAGCAAAUUUAGGCUACGAUUUUCUCAGAUCACACUUUUGACUGCAACAGUUUUGAAUUGGUGACUAUUGUUACCUUCAUAGUUCAUUACAAGAAACAGUACUAAAUAUGUAUAGAGCUGCUUAUUUUCCCAGGUGUUUCAUUAGAGCAUGUAGGUGGCCAUGUGAAUCCAAAUGGAAUAGACCGAUCAUCAUCCACAAUAGUUAAAACAUCCAAGCUCCUCUCCUUUGGAUUAUUAAAGAAAACAACAGCUGGGGAAGUUGGACAUGCUAAAAUUCUUUUUUGUAAAUGAUGAUGCUGUGAGUGACUGUGAUACCAGAGUGGCGACGUGUGUAAAAGCCAAACUGUGAUUUUGGCAUUUCUGGUGAAAGUACUCAAAAGUGUUUUUUGUGGACUGCAAAUGUAAGUACUAGAUGGACCAGACAGGGUUUUUGCUAACAGCAUGAUUGUGAUGGUGCAACUGGGUAUCUUUUCAAACUGCUUUCCUGCAGUGUUCUCUGUAGCUAUAGAUAUCACUUCCAUAAAGUUGAGAAAAGCUUUUGACCAGGUGUUAUUCUCUAACUUCGAAGAUAUUGAAAGGACCACUAACACUUCACCAUGAGCAGAUGCUAAGAGACAAUCCAACUGUGUGUGAGAAAUUAAUAGUAUGUUCAUAUCUGCAGCAAACAAAACUCUUUAUUAUGGAUUAGCUCCCUAGUAAUAUAAUGGACACAACUCAACCAAAGCUGAAGAUUGUGUUCAACAGCAGUACUUUCCCACUGAAAAUAAUAAGCUCUCUCCUAAGACUUGAGAUUUCAGGGCUAAACCUGAGACUUGGGGGGGGGGGGGGGGGGGAUUUGUGCUGUCACAAAAGGUGAGCCCUGGUAAUAUCAGAAGGUUGAUAUUGCAAGGGUGGUUCCUGGGGGGUGUCAUCAAGUCUGAUGCAUAAAGUUGUUUAUGUUUAUUCUAAUUGAAAACAUACACAUCUGUAACAAAUGAGGGGGGGGGGGACAUAUACCCAGUUAUCUCAUCCUGAUAUUCUUUCCAUUUGCUUGCAGGCUGCACAAGGGAAUCUAGGCCCUGAGAUCUGGGAACCUGGAUGAAUCAUGAUCCUGAUUCAUCCAGGCUGAAGAAAAACAAAAUGAAUAUAAAGAGAUCUCUCCAGUCUAGCUGAUUGGGGGACAGCAACAAGAAAAACUUGGUUGAGUGCAAAGUGUUCUACAUCUUUCUCCAGAUGACAUAUAUUUAUUUAGAACUACUGUACUAAACGGACAUGCCCUGCUUUAAAAAGUGCUAAUGGCAUGUACUGUCAUUAGCACUUGAAAAAGCUCCUUUUUGAUCUAAAAUUCCAGAAUCUUUUAGCCAGCAUGGAGCGUUCUGGGAGUUACCAUUCAAAAAAGGAAUCUUCCCAUGCACUACUCCUUGCUCUGUGCAGACAAGAUUUGUUGUCCUCAUAGACAGUAGCAGCAUGUUAGCAAGAAAACAGGAUCAUGUAAUUUGCAUAUGUUCUGCUUGAAAUAAUAAUUUUUGUGAGAGUCAACAUUGAAUCCCUUUGAAAAUAAACUAAUCAGGUUUGGUGAUCAAAGACUUUCAAAUCUUGAUCUGAGAAAUCUCAGCUUCUAUAUCAUGUAACAUUCAACACCAACUGAUCAGUAAAUAUGUACAGAUUCCCCAGAUUACAGGUGUGUCAUAAAAAACAACAACAAUGGGACUUUGGGAACUGGCAAGAGGUUUCAAUGGAGCUAAGGAUCCAAAGGAUGAAGUUUACCUACCCCCAAUAAUGUAGUUCCCAAUGGUUCAGUGGAUCUAAGCUUUGUUGAGCUUACAAAUAGGAUCCAGGCCUUAGAAUGAAAGCCCUACUAACAGUGUUGUGUGGAACACUUGACUGUUCUUUCAUUUGGAGAAAGGUUCUCCCAGUUAGUCACAUUGUUCCACAUUUGCUUAAGCAUAGUUAGGUGAAAGGAUUGUUGAUCAGCCUAUUGUCCCUGAAGACCAAAUUAUUCUAGAAUCUAGAAAUAGACCAUAAGAGUAAGAGAUAGCUGUGAAAGACAAAACAAAUAACUAUAAGUUGGCAUCUAUUGUUACUAGAGAUUUCUUCCUUCCUUUGUGUAUCUGAACUACAAAAUUAUAUCAGUUAUAUACAGGUUGAGCUGACAUAGCUUCCUCAAAAUGAUCCUAGAGAUUGUUGUCUGCUAAAAAUGCUGGAAAUUCUGUAUUAGGGACACUAGAGGAAAUAAUUAUUAAAACAUUUUACAUCUGUAAGGUUAAGCAUCUAUGUUUGAUGUCAUUUUUGAGAAAAAAAUAUACUAGUUGUCCCCCCCCCCCAAAAUAAUAAUAAUAAUAAUAAUAAUAAUAAUAAUAAUAAUAAUAAUAAUAAUAAUAUGUAUAUGCGAUGAUCAUUUUCUGAAAAUGUGGACAAGAUGCCUGAGGAAGAUGCUUGAGAUGUGAAUGAGAUAUUGAGAAAUGUAGGGGUUAUUUUUAUUAAAUAAAUUUUGUUUGAGUAAAAGAUAACAA